AUGUCGAACCCACAUUCAGAAGAUAAGUACACCAGCAGAUCUGCCAAUUCGGACGAAGACGUCAACGGCCUGGUAGUACGCAGUGUCCGCGACUCUCUACAGAAGUUGGUAUUCUCCGACAAGGAAAUCUGCGAAGACAUUUUCGCUACGGUACCGAAGCUCCAAGCAGCUGUACGCCACAACGCGAAAGGUGAUCGAUGGAAGCACAGCACAGGAAAGGGAGGGGUGUAUCUAGCUGAAUUGAAGCCGUAUUACUCAUCAGUCAAGUCAGACAAUGAUAACGACAUUUUACAUGCCAUGGCAGCCAAAACGGAGCUUCGUUGCCAUUUGAACGAAGCUCUAAGCGUGCUGUUGCAUCAAGACUCAGAUGGCUACGACUCCACAAUGAAAUCUCUAUGCGGAAAGCAGUUUAAGAAAGGUGAAGUACUGUUCCACCAACGUAUAGCUAUCGACUCUGGUCGCCAACAUGAAGAAAAGACUGGAGUGAUCUCCGUCACGUCAUCUACAAUGCGUCCCGAUGUGAGCUUAAAGACGCGUCUUCGGUCUCGCCACAGCCGAACUCACCAGCUCGUUUUUUCGACCUACACGCACCAAUACUCCGACAAGAAACGCGCGGUGCAUCUAAUGAAAACAGUACCGAAAGAGGUUUACGAUCAGAUCCUACCGGUUGCUGAUAGCUCGCCUUUACGCCGCGAGAUCGACCACAUUGGAGUUGGCUUCGACUUGCAGUUUAUUUCAAGUAGUGGAGGAAGCAAUCGACAGUGUACUCAGAUAUUUACACACGCGUAUGCUUCGGAUAAAUCCACUCGAAGUUUUACCAAGGAUUUAACGGACAACCCCGAGGCCCAGCCUGAAGACUUGGCGCGACGUCGUGUCACGUUAAUGAACCCGGAGGCACGUCAUAUCAUGCGGAUACUAACCGAAUCGUUGUCCCAAUUCGAGCGAGUGAUUCGCCGUCGACGAUUUGGUUUCCAGUCUUUCAUCUACUUUCCCAAGGAAUACGCAGACCCGCUGAUGGAGAAGCGAUGUUUGAUCUGCAACAAGACGUUCCACUUCUUCCGUCGCGAUUUCUAUUGUCAACUCUGUGGUCACAUGGUGUGUGGAGAUUGCUCGGAACUGUACGAAGUGGAAGCUCGCAUCGGUGAAAUCCGGAAGAAUCGAUGCUGUCGAUUGUGUGUGGUACGUGUUGAUGCGUGUAAGUUUGACGACGAGGAUUUACUGGCAGCUUUGGGUCCGAUUAUCGUGGACACUCCGUCGGAUGCCUGGUUGCCAAUUGAUGAGGAGACACAGGGGUGGGAGGAUAAUGAUCUGAUGGGACAACUGUGUUCGGACGACCCUGAGGCCCGGAGUCAGGCCUUGGAACAGCUAGGCAAACUUGUGGCUAAGCCGUCGAGUUCUUCAUCCACGGGAUCUCUACGCACUCGCGCAGCAGAGCGCUCUCAGACGGGAGCAUCCGUCUCCUCGUCUAGCGACUCGACGUCGCCUCUAAUCAGUGUCCGGAAUGCUGCCACCUCGCAUGGGCAACUGGACGUGCUUCUGCCACUUCCGGGGGUCAUGGGCCUCACGCGGUUGGGGCUGGACGACGCGAACGCGAGUGUCCAGGAUCUAAUUGAGGCAGUGCGACAUGCUGAUGCCUCAUUGAAGGCCGUGGAGAUAGCUACAACGGACGGCACUAAGCUCGCUCGUACUGUGCGUCUGGGCGAGCUCACGUCCAUGCCUUUUUGUCUGAGACUCAACCACGUGAACGUGUUGGUGGAGAGCGACGUCGCUGCAAUGGACGAUCGCAGGGCAAGGGAGGAGAGCGUGGCCUUUGCCACAGUCAAGGCCGAGAUCGAGAGGGACCCUCGACUCAUUUUGCCGCUGCAUGAAUUCUACAGAAUGUGUCACAAUGCUGGAGCGGAGGAGAAGGUGGCGACGAAAUGGCUACGAGAAUUGCAGCGUCGGAACCUCGUGGUGCACUUCGAUCGGUCCCGGAAUCCUCAAUUAGAGAACGCGGUGAUUCUGCGACCAUACAGUUUGGAGAGUGUCUUGACACUACAGAACGCUCUGGACUCGGAGCUGUACAACAUCAAGCACGACCGCAAAGUGAAAGAGCGACAACUUGCUGAGCUGAAUAGUAAGCUCAAGAAGCUGCAACAGGUGGAGAACGAGGUGCAUCUGGCUGCUCGUCGCUUGCCGAAUGCUCAGAAAUGGGUGGGGCUUACGAGUCUCACAGGCUUCUAUGGUGCACUCAUGUACUGCGUCUGGGACGUAUACUCGUGGGACGUCAUGGAGCCUAUUACGUACUUCAUCGGCUUCACUGCUGUGCUGGGCAACUCCUUCUACUCCACCAUCACUAAGAAGGAUCCGACAUACAGCAACAUGUGGCAGAAGCGGUAUGCGGAUCGCGUGGAGAUACUGAGUAAGCAGCGCAAACUCGACCCGACCGAGCUCAAGAAGCUCAAAGCUUGCAUCACUGACCUCGAGAACGACAUCACGUUGCUCUCGCAGUGGGAAAAAGUGGAUGUGGCCAACCCCAAUUUGCACUGAUGACUCGCUUCCUCGAAAUGCAGUCUUAGUGUCAUUAAACGGCAGCUUCAACUCCUCGGAUCCAGCGAACGAAGCUGCAAUCUGGAGUUACAGUGCUGUCUAAAUUGUCCACCUUUUUUGUGGUCAUGUUUCCAUUAAAAUAGUCCUUCUUAAAAAUCUGAUUAACAAUUUCUAC